UAAAUCGAUCGCUAAUAUUAUAAAGAAAAGAAAAGAAAGACAACAGGAGAACAACCACCUAAACAAGCGAUCCAUGGAGCCAUUGUACAUUUUAAUCAAGAAGACUCAACGACUUCUCCUCUCCACUCAGAAAGCGGAACUCCACUCUUAUCUCAAUCAUUUUUUCCUAUCAAACACUUCUCCCCUCACUCAAAAAGAAAAUGGCCGAAGCUUUUGCAGCCGAGAUUGCAAAAUCCCUUCUAUGGAAGUUAGGCUCUUUUGCUGUUCAAGAAUUUCGUUUGGCAUGGGGACUUGAAGCUGACAUUGCUGGUCUUGAAAAGAGAUUGAAAGCCAUCAACGCGGUGCUGUCCGAUGCUGAGCAGAAACAAUCAAAGAAUGAGAGGAUUCGGUUCUGGCUCAACGAUCUCACAGAAGUCUUGCAUGAUGCUGAGGACAUGCUGGACGAAAUAGAGUGCGAAACUUUGCGAAGAGAGGUGGUGAAAACUACAGGGAGCACCAGCAGAAAGGUACGACACUUCUUUUCAAGCUCUAAUAAGAUUGCAUUCCGUUUAAGAAUGGGUCAUAAGAUAAAGAAGAUCAUAGAAAGACUAGCUGAGAUUUCAUCUCUUAAGUCUGACUUCAACCUCAGCGAGCAGACUAUUGAUUGUGGUCAUGUCUUGCAUGAUGAAACAGAGAUCAACCGAUCCUUUGAGAGCUUUUCCGGUCUUAUCGGAAGAGAUAAAGAUACAGAGCGCAUCAUCAACCUUUUAAUAACACCUUUUAAGGUUGGUGAUGCACAUCCCUUUGUCCUUCCGAUAGUAGGAAUGGGAGGCUUGGGGAAGACAUCUCUUGCCAAAUCGGUGUGUGAUGCUGAAAAUGUAAAAAGUCAUUUUGAACUGAAGAUGGAGGCAUGUGUUUCAGAUGAUUUUUCCUUGAAACAUGUGAUACAAAAGAUUAUUAAAUCUGCAACUGGGGAAAGAUGUGCGGAUUUCAAUGAGGGUGAACUUGAAAAAAAACUAGAAGAAAUUUUGAAGGGUAGGAAAUACCUGCUUCUUUUGGAUGAUGUUUGGAAUGAUGAUGCUCAAAAAUGGUUGUUGUUGAAGCCUUUGUUAUCAAAAGGUGCUGAUGGAAGUAAGAUUAUAGUGACUACCCGUAGUCAGCGUGUUGCUGAGAUUAUGGGUACUGUUAAUACUGCGUACAACCUAAGUCUUCUUGGUCAAGAGGACUGUCUGUCGUUGUUUUACAAGUGUGCAUUCAAGGAAGGGCAAAUGGAGUUGUAUCCAAAUUUGGUUGGAAUUGGGAAAGAAAUAGUGGCCAAAUGCAAGCAAGUUCCUCUGGCAGUGAUUAACUUGGGGACUCAACUGUAUGGUAAAACUGAUGAAAAAGAGUGGGAAUCGGUGAGAGACAGUGAGAAGUGGGAAGAAGAGGGAGAUGGUAUUUUACCUGCCUUGAAAAUAAGUUAUCAAAGACUGCCGACACACCUGAAAAGAUGCUUUCUUUAUUGCUCCGUUUUUCCAAAAGAUUACCCAUUCUAUGAUAUCUCAUUGGUGCAUUUUUGGAUGGCACAGGGGCUCAUUCUCCCAUCAUCAAAUCCAAAUGAGAAGUUGGAAGAUGUUGGCUUGCGUUAUGUGCGCGAGUUGAUGUCAAGAUGUUUCUUCCAAGAUUAUGAGGAUUGGGAUUAUGUUGCUUUCUUUAAAAUGCAUGAUUUAAUGCAUGAACUUGCAUUAUCAUUGUCACAAAGUGAGUGUUCGAUCAUAGACUCUCAAAACCACCAAAUUUCCAAAACGACCCGUCAUUUGUCAGUUCUUGACUCUGAUUCAUUUUUUCAUAAAACUCUCCCCAAGUUUUCAAAUGAGUUCCACCAUGUGCGGUCAAUAGUCUUUGUAGAUAGUAUAAUGGGGCCUACAUGCAAAGCAGAUUUUAAGAAAUGUUUGUCAGAAUUUGAGCACUUGCGAUGUUUGGAAUUAAUGGAUGAUUCUGAAUUUGAGGUUUUCCCGGAGAGGAUUGGGGCCUUGAAACAUUUGAGAUAUCUCAAGUAUAGGUCCAACGCAAACAUGAAAAGACAACCAAAAUCUCUUUUCAAAUUACAAAAUUUGCAAGCUCUGGUUACAGGUUUUGGAUUAGAAGAGCUGCCCAAAGAUGUGAGGUACAUGAUCAGCCUUAAAUUUUUAAGUCUAGCUACUCAGCUGAAGCGGUUGCCAGAAGAAGGGAUUGGGCGUUUGGAGUGUCUUCAAACUUUAUUCAUUGUUGGUUGUGAAAAUCUAGAAAAUUUGUGCGAAGAUAUGCAAGGUCUUAAAAGUCUUCGGAAAUUGCUUAUUAGUAGUUGUGGAAGCUUGAUUUCUUUGCCACGAAGUAUCAAAUGCCUGACUACUCUCGAAGGAUUUUUUAUUAAUAACUGUAAAAAGCUUGAUUUAAUGACAAUAGAAGAAGAAAAAGAGAAAAAAAUUCAACCUCUUUCUCUCUCCCUUCGUAUUGUACUUUUUGCCAGCUUACCAGCAACUCUUGCUCUACCAGAACAGUUUCUUCAAGGAUCUGCAGAAUCUUUACAAACACUUAUCAUCACAGACUGUCCAAACAUUAGAGAAAUGCCAGAUUGCAUCGGCAAUUUAAAGAAACUUCAAAAUCUUGAGGUCAUUUAUUGUCCAAGUUUGAGCAAAAGGUGCCGAGAGGGAAGAGGAGAAGAUUGGCUCAAGAUCGCACAUAUCCCUAAAAUCAAGGUUGAUGAUGAUGACAGUGGUGAAGAAACAUCUGGUUAGGUUCAAGUGGAACUCCAUCAGAUUUAACCCGAGCAAAAGAACAAGACAAGGCAUGUCGCAUGAUAAAAUGCAAAGUUAACUAAUUCAUUCAGCAAUUUAAAUUUCUUUGAACUCAAUACAUCAUUUUGAAAUUCUAUGUUUGUCUAAUUUCUUCAGGUUUACUACUGUGAGGGUCCUGUCGGCUAAGAUCUUCCAACAACAGUUAGUCACUUACGAAGAUCAGCUUAAGGCUCGGAGUGUCUGCUUUGUGUAAUUUCCUUGGCUAGCUGUGUGUGUUGAUUUGUCAUUGAUAAAUUGAUAAACAUUUUGUUGUUCUGAAUUAUCUUAUUUAAAAUAUUGUGUGUGAUCAUUUAAAUAAUUAUGC